GCUGCGAGGGCCAUUCCCAGCAGUCUCUCUCUGAGAGUUGACAGAGGGGCCGCCGAGGAGCGAGUUGUGGGUGCCGUGGGUUCCGCCUGCCGCCCCCCAGGUCAGCCCCGGUGCUCUCGCAGGGUCGCCCGCCUCUGCAGCUUCGUUGCCACCGGAGCCAGCUCUUCAGGCCUGGGCGCCCGGGGUGAGGCCGUGCGGCCAUGGACUUCUCCAAGUUCCUGGCGGAAGACUUCGACGUGAAGGAGUGGAUCAACGCGGCCUUCAGGGCGGCCCCCAAGGAGGCGACGGCCGGGAAGGCGGAAGGCCACGCGGCCACCCUGGUGAUGAAGCUGCAGCUGUUCAUCCAGGAGGUGAACCACGCCGUGGAGGAAACAAGUCACCAGGCUCUUCAGAACAUGCCCAAAGUGCUCCGUGAUGUGGAAGCCCUUAAACAGGAGGCAUCUUUUCUGAAAGAGCAGAUGAUUCUUGUCAAGGAGGAUAUUAAAAAAUUUGAACAGGAUACAUCCCAAUCGAUGCAGGUGUUGGUAGAAAUCGACCAGGUGAAGUCCAGAAUGCAGCUUGCCGCAGAAUCUCUUCAGGAAGCAGACAAGUGGAGCACACUGAGUGCCGACAUUGAGGAGACUUUCAAGACUCAAGAUGUAGCUGUGAUUUCUGCCAAGCUGACAGGUAUGCAGAAUAGCUUAAUGAUGCUUGUGGAUACACCAGACUACUCAGAAAAGUGCGUGCACUUGGAGGCGUUGAAGAACAGGCUGGAGGCCCUGGCCUCCCCGCAGAUCGUAGCGGUAUUCACCUCCCAGUCUAUAGAUCAGUCCAAGAUGUUUGUGAAGGUGUUUACCGAAAUUGACCGGAUGCCUCAGCUGCUCGCCUACUACUACAAAUGUCACAAGGCGCGGCUAUUAGCAACCUGGCAAGAGCUGUGCCACAGCGACCUCCCCCUGGACCGGCGGCUCACCGAGUUCUAUGAUGCCCUGCUCGGGGCCUGGCACACGCAGAUCCAGUGGGCUUCGCAGGUUUUCAAGAACCCCCACGAGGUGGUGACUGUGCUGCUGAUUCAGACUCUGGGGGCCUUGGUGCCCGCCCUGCCCGACUGCCUCAGCUCCGGCAUGGAGAGGGCCGGGCCUGAGCUGGGGCUCCUCACGCUCCUGGAGUUCUACGAUGCCACCUCCCACUUUGCCAAGGGGCUGGAGAUGGCACAGCUCCCCCGCCCACAUGAGUACAACCUGGUGAAAGUCACGGAACUGGUGGAGGCUGUGUAUGGCCCAUACAAACCUUACCAGCUGAAGUAUGGUGACAUGGAAGAGAAGAACGUCCUCAUCCAGAUCAGCGCUGUGCCUCUGGAGCAUGGGGAGGUCAUUGACUGUGUGCAGGAGCUGAGCCACUCCGUGAACAAGCUCUUUGCUCUGGCUUCUGCAGCCGUUGACAGAUGCAUCAGAUUCACCAAUGGCCUGGGGACCUGUGGCUUGCUGACAGCACUGAAAUCCCUCUUUGCCAAGUAUGUGUCCGAUUUCACCAGUACUCUCCAGUCGAUACGAAAGAAGUACAAGCUGGAUGAUAUUCCUCCCAACUCGCUUUUUCAAGAAGAUUGGACAGCUUUUCAGAACUCCAUUAGGAUAAUAGCCACCUGUGGCGAGCUCCUGCGGCAAUGUGGGGACUUCGAGCAGCAGCUAGCAAACAGGAUCCUGUCCACAGCUGGCAAGUAUCUCUCCGACUCCUACAGCCCUCGGAACCUGGCCGGUUUUCAGGACAGCAUCUUGACAGACAGGAAGAGCUCUGCCAGGAACCCAUGGCAAGAGUAUAAUUACCUCCAGAAAGAUAACCCUGCUGAAUAUGCCAGUUUAAUGGAAAUACUUUAUACCCUCAAGGAGAAAGGGUCGAGUAACCAUAACCUGCUGUCUGCGUCUCGCAUGGCCCUGACUCGACUUAACCAGCAGGCCCACCAGCUGGCUUUCGAUUCCGUUUUCCUGCGCAUCAAACACCAGCUGCUGCUCGUUUCCAAGAUGGACGGCUGGAACACAGCAGGCAUUGGCGAGACCCUGACCGAUGACCUGCCCACCUUCAGCCUCACCCCUCUCGAGUACAUCAGCAAUAUUGGGCAGUAUAUCAUGUCCCUUCCCCUGAAUCUCGAGCCUUUUGUGACUCAGCAGGACUCAGCCUUGGAGCUGGCGCUGCACGCUGGGAAGCUGCCCUUUCCUCCCGAGCAAGGGGACGAGCUGCCCGAGGUGGACAACAUGGCGGACAGCUGGCUGGGCUCCAUCGCCAGAGCCACCAUGCAGACCUACUGUGACGUGAUCCUGCAGAUCCCUGAGCUGACCCCGCACUCCACCAAGCAGCUGGCCACCGACAUCGACUACCUGAUCAACGUGAUGGACGCCCUGGGCCUGCAGCCGUCCCGCCCUCUGCAGAGCAUCGGGACUCUCCUGAAGAGCAGACCCGAGGACUACAGGCAGCUCAGCAAAGGCCUGCCCCGUCGCCUCGCCGCCACGGUGGCUGCCAUGCGGGGCGUGGAGUACUGACCCCCGCCCGGGCACCCGGUCGAGAAGAGGCACAGGCCUGGGGUCCUGGGGUCACAGCAACUUCCGGGAUGGAGUUUGCUUAAAAAAUCUGCCCGGUAUUGGGCAGUAUUUGUCUUUAAAGGCACGGUUCAUUUGUAUAAUCAAAAAAAAAAAAAUAGGUUGUAAUUAGAGGUAUAUUAUUUAUCAGAGCGGGGUUUUUGGAUGAUUUUCUAAAAGAGCCUGUCUUGAAAAGGGAAUUGAUAAAUACUGUGAAAAGAAAGCCAUUUUCUUUCCUUUCCUCUGUGAAUAUCGGGGUGCCCCGCCUAUGCCGUGCUCCAGGCACUGCGACCCGGCCAGGAAGGAGGGGGAGAAGCACAAAGAAGAUGAUGUCAGACCGUGGUGCCAGGGAAGUAGAGCGCAUCUGGGCAAGGGCAGCCCCCACACCGACAGGGCAGACGCGUGUAUGGCAAUGAGGGACCCUGGUGGGCCAGGCCCCGGGGGCACAUCCAAGGUCAGUGGCCUGGAAAUAGAAAGUUGGGUCAGAGGGGUGGUGGGGGCCAGACCACAGGCUGGCCUGCAGGCCGUGGUGAGGACUCAGGCUUUUGCUUUGUCCUGUUUUAAAACUCUUAGGAUCGUGUGGAUUUUUUAUCAGGAUUUUUGCCAAUAGCUUCUGUGUCUGUUAAGACUGUAAUUGGCCACAAAUAACAGAGUAAUGUAAUUUGAGUGACUUUAGCAAAUAGGAAUUGAUUUCUCACACGGUGGUGGCUGUGGGGACUGACUCGGUGGCUGGAUGGAGUCAGGACCAGGACCAGCCUCCCGGUGACUGUUCCUCGUGUGCUGGCAGCCUCCUCCGGGUGGGCCGACUCCUGCAGCUGCAGGCAUCACACCGGCAUUCUGGGAGGGCGAAGGCAGAGGGCGUGGUCCCUCUCACUGUGGAGGCAAAGGCCCCCCCAGGGGCCCCCGCGACUUGCUUCUUGGUCCCCAGGCAUCCCCCCGGCUGCAGGUGAGGCUGGGAACGGCCUCCUGCCCGAGUUUCUCAGCCUCUCUCACGCCUCUGCACGGCCUCCGAGGUGGCGAGUAUCCCCGCUGUCUUAACAGCCAAAGGAACUGGGCGGGAGAGGUGUAAGGGGCUGGGCUCUGCAGUGCUGACCACGCAGCAGGCGGCACCACCUCGCCCCCGCCGCACCCCUGCUCGGCCAGCCCCCUGGAGCAACGCCGCCCCACUCCGCCCUCAUGAACCGGCCCCUCCAGGCUGCCGGGGCCAGCGUCGCACUGGCUCCAUCAUCCAGGGGCUCCUGCACGCUCUGUCCUCACAUGCCCAGAACCAGUUUUGCUGGCCCCGAGAGAACCGUGAGCCCGCACCAACAAAAAUAUUUUGGUUUCUCAUGUGGUGGAUCACAGACUGUCCCUGGCAGGGACCGAGCCUGGCUCCUGCCUUGAAGAAGCGAGAGCAGGAAGCCUGGAAGGGGAAGCGUGCUGGGGAAAGUAGAAACCUCGCUGGGGUGACCUCUGCGCCAGUAUCUGUGAGAGCCGCUUGAUUCCUGGCUUUGCCACCUCCCAACCUUGUGACCUUGGGGAAGUCACGUCAAGUCUCUGAGCCUCGUUUCCUAAUGUGAAAAAUGGGAGCCACGGCGGUCCCUAAUCCAGCAUUAUUUGAAGAGCCACUGAGAUACAGCAGAAGCGAAGCACGCGGCAAGCGCACAGUGAAUGUUAAUUUCGUAGUCUCCGGUGUCUGUAACCUACCCUCCCUUCUGGGGUAGGGGAAUUACGAAUGCUAUUUUCUGGGCACCUUGGAUCCCGCCAGCCUAAUUUUUCAGCCCUGAAAGGCUCUGAUGGCCCCAGGGUGGGAACAGGACAGAGCUCCUCUCCUCCAGAUCUGGAGGGAUGAGGGGAACCCGCCUGCCUGCCUCAGAGCCUGCUUCAGAGACGGGGCAUCAUCCAUCUUCACCCCGGCCCCCAGGGCUCCCCUGAGCACAGGGAUGGCAACCACUGCCCACUGUUGGCCUGGCCCUGCUCUGACAUGUCCACGCAGAGCUCUGAGGGCAGGGAGCACCCUUCCCACAUCUGCUGCAAAACUUCCUGAACAGAACCUCUCAGUUCAGGAGGAGUAUGUGGCACAGGCCGAUCCAAUGGCCUUCAUUCUCGGGGCCUUUCCUGGGACACUGUGCAAGAAAGGGGAGCUGUCUUCCCACUGAAGUUGCUCAGCGGACAGAAUGGAGCCUGGAACCUGUUGGGGGAAGAGCAGCACACGGAGAGAAUCUAUUUGAGAGGGACGUCAACACAGAGGACAAUAAAGCCAGGAGCUGGAGAAACAAAUCACCAGAUCUAGGUGAACCCCUGGAUACAGCCAUGCCUGAGAUCCCUGGACUCUUAUUACAAGAACCAAUGGAUUUCCUUUCUUAGCUUAAGUCAGCUCACAUUAAUGUGACCAGAGAGCUGGCAAAAGGAGGUCAAUCAUAGUCAGUGCUCUGCCUGCCCCACAGUAUCGGAUGAGGUAGUAAGGACGGAAGCCCCGGGUGGCCUGUAAGGGACGGGCGGCAUUCUUAUGACCACUGGCAGCAAGAGGAGGAGGCUGGAGUUUUACCUUUGUCCCUAACUGGAAGAGUGAUCUCGGGCAUCUGACUUCGCCUCCCUGAGUCUCAAUUUGCUUACCUGUAAGAUGGGAUGCUAAUACUUCUUGGUGGUUAUGAGAAUUAAAUGGAGUAAGACGUACAAAA